AAAUUGAAUUACCCAAAAGCAAAGCAUGUUCAUUGGAAAGAGAUGUCACUCUGACAAUAGCUUAGAAAAGGAUUUGUUAUUUGACCCAGAAAAGUUCGUGACAGAGAGCCCGGAUUCACUCUCGAACCAGAGUGAGUUAGAACUAAUAUCGUGCUCUUCUGUAGGUAUACCUUCGAUUGAUGAUAAUGAGGAGAAAUAUGUAAAUCUUCCUUCUAAGAGUAUUAACUUUCCAAGGCCCUCUCUCAAAUGUGUCUCUGACUUUGAAAGUUAUGCUAUGGCAAAGGAAGCAGAAGGGCUCCAUGGGAAUGCAAGGCUUAACCUGGUUGGAUGUCUAGAGAAUUACACUGAUAGAAGAGUGAUGAUAACUAUAUAAGCCCAUAUGAAUCGUUCUACCACCUCACUAACCUAAUUGGCCAGCAGCUGCAGCAUUAUCCCAUGUUUCAAAACUUACUUGGCUUAAAAGCCACUGAGCUAAAAGUGAUUAAAAGAAAUGGAGAACCCUGAAACGAUGGAGUCUCAGUCAAAUUUGGACGCAAAGGUUCAAAAAUCAAUGAAGAAGAUCAAAAAUUCAGAAGCUUACCUAUUGAGAAGGUCCUCCAAGAUGGUGACGAAUUCGUCUUUAAAAUUACCUCUUCUGACAAAUGGAUCAACUGCUUAAUUCAAUUCAAACUUGAAGAUGAUCCAGAUUUCACGUUCUCAGCAAAAAGUGAAAUGAGAAUAUCAGGAUUUUUCCAGAACUCCCACUUUUUCCUCAUCAUUACAAAACUCAUCAUGAAAAUUUGGAAUGAAAAUGCUAAAGAACUCCUUGGAAAAGAAGAUUAUUACACAAUUACAGAUAUUAAUUUUAGAAACCGGAAAGUUAUGAAAGAGAUACUCGAUCAGAGCAAGCAUGAAUCCAGCAUCAUCGAAUUGGAGCCUCCCAGAAAUGGACUCAUGAACUCUAUCAGAGAUCUUAACAAGGAAAUAGAGAUAAUAGAUGUCAAGAAAAUGAAUUACCUUGAAGUCCCAAUUGAUCCACAAGCGAAGACAUCAGACACUUUUGGAUACGAUGGAACGAUCCUUGUGAAUGUAACCUUCGCUACCAUUCAAAAAGUUCUCAAGGACGGGAAACUCCAAAAAGAUAAGAAUGCGAUCGAGUCUUUCAGGAACUUGGUCUCGCCUGAACAUAAAAAUAUACUAGAAGGAUGUAUUGCUCUUCCCAAAAAGACGUCUAAUCAUGAGCACACUAACCCAAAUAUUGCUGCUAUCCAGCCAAUUCAUCCCAAGGUCAAACUUCUCAAAUAAGUCUGCUUCUUUUGAAAGUGUUGAUGUAGAUCUUGAGUCAAAUAUCGGUUCAAAAGAUAUCUCCAAGCUGGACUCAGAUAGAUCUCAUAAUGAUACGAAGAGAAGACCAUCUAUUUGCACUCGGAGCAUUAACUAUACCAGUAGCGAGUCCUCAGAACGAAGUAGCAUCAAAGAUCCCUUACUAUCGCCUAAUGAUAUUGGCAAGGUCAGAAGUCAAGUCUAUGGUUCAGCUGUAAAGAGCAAGAGUAAGAAGAAACCCAUAAUGGAGAUAUGCAAAGAUAUACCCCCAAUGAAGCUCAAUUUCAACGCCCUUAACACCUCUGGAGACAGUUUAGCACCUCUUGAAAAGGUGAAUCGCUUCUCCGGAAUGUCAAUUAACAAAAAGGAUGAAAUCCAAAAGAAACUUGUUCACCUCAGAAUAGAUCCUAUCUUGAUCUACAAGCAUGAAUAUGACCUUCUAAGACUUCCAGAGACCAGAGGACAUAAAAUAAAUUUUGAAGCAAAAGUCGAAGAUCAACCCUCGCAAUUUGAAAUAGUUGAGAAAUACGGGCAAACUAUCAGAAGAAACUUUAAGAAUUGUGGGUUAUGGAUAAUUGCCCUUCUCAUCUUGCUAGUAUUCACCUUCUGUGUUAUAAUAUACAUCAAAUAGUAAGUAAUGGCACAUUGAGUUUACAUUC